AAUAUUACGCCAAAAUGGGUAACGUCUUUUUGACGUCGUCACUGACGUCGUACUUUUCUAUGACGUCAUACUGUUUUGUUAUUAUACUCUGAUGAAAUCCAGUGGACGAAACAUGAUAGUUUGAAAUUAAAAAGUAUAUAUCUAGAGUUAGUUCUUCGCUUCAUCUUUUAUUUGCAUUUCAGAUAACACAUCUUGCCAGCAAUAUAUACAAUGUCAUGAAAAAACUUGCAACUUUCAAACUAGACAGCCUUCCGCCGUUUAUAAAACCUGUGAUGAAAUUCAUCAAUGCAGUAGUUAGUCUUUAUGAAAAGGUCAAAGGAGAUGUAAUGAAGUUAUACAAUUCAAUAGUUCAGGCCGUUCAGGUAAUUAUCCCACAAGCAUCGAAGGAUGUAUUUAAGGCGGUGAAAGAUAUAAUCGGCGGAUUCAUGAACAUUUUUAAAGACCCCAAAACAUCGCUGUUCAAGAUAGGUGCAGGGGUAAUAAGUAUAUAUACGAACAUCAACAUUUUGAAUGACACGAAAAAUGACAUAAUGAAUCAUACAUUCAUCACCGAAGGAAUCGGCCCUUAUUGGAGUGAUUUGACAGCGGAGGUUGAGAAUCUCGUAGACUUUUAUCGUGACGCUGCAGAUGCAAUUAGAGAACAAGGUGGCGACUGGCUUCGUGAAACAGUUGAAAAUGACAUAGCUGAAAAGGUUACUAAAGGAAGGACCACUGUUAAAAGGAUCAAACAGAAAAUUCAAGCUGACAUUGAAAGUGAAAUAAAAUCACUGAUGGCACCUCUGGAAUCAUUGCGAAAUAUAGGUGGAGGCUAUCUGAAAAACUUUGAAAUUCUAUUCAACACGUAUAAAGAUCUGAAAGACGCAUACGAAUCGUUAAAGAAAGGGUAUGAAUUCGCAAGAUCAUUAGUAGAUCGCAUAUUUGGACCUAAGUUUCAUAAGGAUUUUCCUCGUGAAAAACGUGUGAAGGGUGGCGGAUGCAGCGGGGAUGGAUUUUAUCCUGCAAAACUAGGUAAUGGACACACUGAUUACGAAAACGACGGAAUCGAUCUUUUAAACAAAACUGGAGAACAGAUUGUCGCCCCGUUUUCUGGAAAAGUGGUACGUUCAGAGAAAGAGCAUGAAGUAAUUAUUUUGGAAAGUGGAGAACUACCGCCUGGUUCAGAAUUGAUAAUAACAAAUGUUGAUCCUGAAGCAGACAUCAUGCAUCCGGAUGAUCCAGCCUAUGAUGAAAAGAGGGUAUCUGCUGGAGUGGCCAUAGGAACUGUCACGGAAUCGCCGUGUGGUGAAUACAAUCAUAUUCAUUUGUCUAUAAGACGAGAUGGUGGAUUUGUUGACCCAAGCAACUACAUACCACAAAGACUGGUAGAAGUACCAAAAUGGAAACAGCUCUGUGAUGAUUAUAAAGUUGUGUACAAGGGCCAAACAACAGCAAGUGGCGUUAUAGUUGGUCCAGAUGGACGAAAAGAAGAUGACACCUCGCAGGAUGUACCAGUUGAUGAAUCACAGGCUACAAGUGACAUGGACGAAGCUGAUCAACCUGGACAGGAUGUUCAAGCAUUAAAAGACGAUCCGGAUGGAAUGUAUAGCAGGCUAUCGAAAAGAAGGAGGAAACGAAACGUGUUGAAAUCACUUGUGGGGUCAUUGGAAACUCUUGUCGACAACAUUAAAAGAUUUCUGAAGCGGUUCUCUAUUCGUCGAAUAAAGAUGGGACAGAUCAUUCAAUUUCUUGAUGAGCUAGGACUUGACAAGACGAAACAAAAGAUGACCACAUUGAUGAAAACAGUCAAGGAAGCAAUCGAUCAGGAAACAUGUGGUAGUCCGUAUCAUAUGACCGAUGAAGAAUUAGAAAAUGAACUGCUGAACAGGGGAAAGCAGGCAGAAGGCAACAGAGACGAUAUGAUAAAAGAACUACUAAAAGUAGAAAACACUUGUCCGUUUAUAUCAUUUUCACUACCAACGUCCAAAACAUUAUACUGUACGCUUGAUGAGAAGUGCUUGGGAAUUGAAUGCUGUUUAACGCUAGAAGCGGUUGGUAUGCUACAAAAGACUUUCAGAGCUUACAUUAGGUUAGACCCCGAUCCGUUGGCAUUAUCAGUUGGACUGGAUUCAUGGAACAUUGUACUUAACUCCAGCAAACUUGUCGGCGAAAUUGAAGAUGUACUGGAGACGCAUAUCAAAUUCGAUUUUUUGGAUGGACAAGAAAUCAUGAUCAAGUAUAAGAUCCAUGCCUCGAUAAAAAGUAUGAAGUUGUCGGUUGGAGUUGGGCUUUGUGAUCCAGAAGACUUCGAUGACUUCGAUGACUGCAUGAUAUACGUUGAUUUACUCAAAGAUGCCAUAUUCCCGUUCCCUAAAGUAAAUCCUGACGGAACAGUUUCCUGGGAAAUGCCGGAUUUUUCACAAAUGUAUGAAGACAUGGCAGACAAUUUAAUUGAGGGUGGAGAACAGUUGAUCGAGGCUGCUGUUGACGAGCUUGUAGAUCUGUUCCUAAAAGAAUUAGGCAUUUCAGAUGAUCUUCUAUUGGACGGACCACCGUUUCGCACCCCAGAUGCAUUAGAACGAGAUGAAUUGAUUGAUUAUCUCAACGACAAAAAAAUACCAAUUGAUGGCUCUAAAGAAGAACUAGAAGAUAGAUACUGGAAGAGUAAAACAAGCUGUAGCCUGAAUGGAAUAGAUAUUCAUCUCCCGGAACUUCCUUUUAAACUUCUACAUUAUGAUAUUUCUGACGACUGUAUGCGUCUAAAUGCAUAUGUAGAUAUAAAUGUUCCUGGUAUCGAUUAUUCACGAACAUUCUCCGCCUAUGUCGAGCUAGACCCUUGUCGUUACGUAAUACGAGCGGCGUUUGAGAAGUGGAACACCACCGUGAUAUUGUUUGAAUAUGACUGGGGUAAAGAAGAGGUCCUUCGACUUGCAGACGAUAUGUAUAUAACAUUCAUCAUUGACAAAAACGAUAAGAAGAAAGUAUUCGUUAUUGAUCUCGGCAUAAAAUGCAAAGCUGCUGACAUUGAUAAAAACUUUCUGAAAGGAUUCGAAGUACCGAUCCCAGUCUGUAAUGGCAACUUUUCUUUGCAAGGAAGCCUAUCAAGUAUUGCUGAUGCACUUGGCGGACAAAUAAACAGGGAAGUCUUUGAUCUUCUAUUAAAACAAAUUGGAAUUGACGGAAUCAUCAAAGAAGGUUCUUGCACAUUGCCACCACCUCCUACAGAAUGUCCUCCGGCUAUGAACAUAUCAACAAUGAUACCUUCAUUUAUGAAGAAUAUUCUACACUGCGAACUGGCUGACAACUGUUUCGGCAUUUCAUGUUGUGUUCAUUUUGACUUUACAAUACCAUUGUCGUCUAUUGAACUAGAAGUAUCAUUUCCGGUUUGGUUUAAAAUGGAUCCGUGUGAUUUUCAUGUUGACACCGGAAUAGGUGCAUUGCAAUUUGAGGAACAGCUUCUCAAAUAUGAAUGGGGCAAAGAAUCUACAGUAGCAAUUGGGUCAGGCAAAGACGCACCCAUAAAGAUAAUUUACGCCAUAGACAACUAUGAGGAUGGAUUUAUUAUAGACCUCCGGGUAGAUAUAUGUUUACCAAUAGCUGGCGAAAAACACUGCAUUCCUAAAGAUGGGCUUUCACUUUUAGAGAAAGAAAAAAUUCCAGCUUGCAGCUUAACUGCAUGGUCUAACAUUACAGAUUUCUCACUAAGAGAUUGGGUAGAGUCAAAAGGAGAAAGUAUUGGAGAGCAACUGUCUAGUGCUGGCAGAGACGCACUCGUAGAUCUUCUUGGUUUGAAUGAUUUACUGCUGUCUCCGCCAUGUGACCGAAAGAGAAGUCCAUACAGCCCUUCGCUAAGUGGAUGGAACAACAUGUGCCCGCUGAGUUUUGUGAAUCUUCCUGCAUUGCCAAGUGUUGUCUCAUGCAGUGUCCCAGAUUACUGCACCGGAAUCAAUUGUUGUCUUGAUAUAAAGGAAAUUGGACUUGCAAUAAAAGCCUACAUUGAUGUGAACAUGUGCAACUACAUUAUAUCUGGCGGAAUAGAAACACAAACAUUCAAAUUCUCAUUAUUUAAUUACGAGUGGGGUAAAACAGAAACGAAAUCAAUUAAGGACUUUUUUCGUCUGAGUUACUCCAUUAAGAAGCCAAACAAUGAAAAAGUGUUCAUCAUAACUCUGCAACUAGCAGUAUGCCUGGAAAAAGAUGGAAGUUGCAUGUUUGACAAGAAAUUGUUAGACGGUACAAAGGUUCCACAAGUUGGAUGUGACAUGUCUUUUGAUUUUGCAAAUUUUUCUGUAACAUCUUGGCUUGAGAACAACGGCCUGGGACAUCUGAAUCCUUUAGAUGAUUUAUGGGGAGAUGCUGUAAAGUUUGUAUCGGAAGUUAUUGGUCUUGACAAGUACUUUCUAGAAGAGCAAUGUGAUGUACAUAAGGAUCCAUACAGAAAUGCAACAGAUAAUUGGAAUAAUGAUUGUCCAAAACUUAAAGUGAAUUUGCCAAGUUUACCAGCAUCAACAGUCUGUCAUAUUGCUGCCUCCUGCACUGCAAUAGACUGCUGUAUCAGUGUUGAAUAUCUUAAACGUUCUUUACAAGCGUCUUUCAAUAUUGACUUCUGCAACUUCACAAUUCGAGGAAACUUGGAAAAGUCAACGUUUAACUUUAACAUAAUUGAUUAUAAAUGGGGACAACAAGCUGAAGAAACAAUAUUAGAGCUUAUUAAAAUCAGGUACACAAUAGACAAGACUGAGAAGAAAUUUGUAGUUGAUCUCUCUGUGGCUGUAUGCAUGGAUUCAAAAGCACCAUGUCAAUUUACAACAGAUAUCUUCAAGAAUACAAUGAUUCCAAUACCAGUAUGCAAUCUCUAUGCCGGAUUUAGUCUAGGAAAUUUUUCUCUGAAUAAAUGGCUGAAGGACGUCGGUCAUACACUUAAUGAUAACUUGCCAUCGUCGGUGGUUUCAUUACUUCUAAGCCAGUUAAACAUUGAUAAGUUCCAACAAAAACCUCCAUGUGCUGCCACUGACGAAAUGUAUAGAGAUGCAAUGAAUGGAUGGAAUUCAGAAUGCAAUGCAUCGAUCUCGUUACCUAAACUAACGGAUGAAUUAGUUUGCCAUAUGACGGACUAUUGUACAGGCAUAGACUGUUGCAUAAUUGUCAACAUUUUAAGAACCACAAUUCAUACUAAAUUUCUCCUUGAUACGUGUAAAUAUAAACUUACGAUGGGAAUUGAAAAAUUAGAGGAGGAUGUACUCCUGCUGGACUAUAAAUGGGGCCAGCCGAGUCAUUUCACUCUUGGAGGAUUCUUUCGCAUAGAAUAUAAAAUAGAUGACCUACAGAGUGAGAAGAAAUUCAUUGUUAACGUAAAACUGAAAAUCUGUUUUGAGCAAGGGGACUGUUUGUUUGAAAUGGACAUUCUUAAAGAUGCAUAUGUUCCUAAGCCAUUAUGUGACUGGAACGCUGGACUCACUGUACAAGACUUUUCUUUGGCGAAAUGGAUGGACGACCUAGGAUAUGCUUUUGAUGGUGGCAAUUUAAAGGAAUAUAUGAUUGAAAAGUUGUUCGAUGCAUUAGGGAUCGCCAAAUAUCUUAAAGAGAAUGAGUGUAAUAGAGAUCUUUAUCCAUUUGCAAAUGCUACAAAUGGCUGGACGACAGAAUGUCCGAAGCCUAUAGAGAGCAGUGUACUUCCAGACUUUACUACAUGUCACGUCCCGUCAUAUUGUACCGGAAUUGAUUGUUGUGUUCACGUUGGACUGGUCAAGCGUUCAUUUAAAGUGUACUUGCACCUUGAUGCAUGCAACUAUAUGUUCGCCAUCGGUAUAGAAAAGUUUGGAUUUAAUAUAUCUCUACUGGAUUACGACUGGGGCAACACAGAGGAAUUUUCAAUGUUAGGUGCAAUACGUAUCAGAUAUUCCAUUAUAAAUCUGGACGCAGAAAACCAGUAUGUCAUAAAUUUGAAAAUGUCCAUUUGUUUGAAAUCGGCUGAUUGCGAAGAAAAUCUCAUUCUGUUAGAAGACGCACGUGUACCAAAGAUUGGUUGUGUAUGGAAUACAUCCCUAUCGGAUUUUAAGCUUGACCAGUAUCUAAAAAGUAUUGGAAAUCAGUUUGAAAAUUUUGGAGACAGCUUACCCGGAAUCGUUGCUGAUAAACUUCUGGAAGAACUUGGCGUUUCAAUGUAUAUGCUCCAGGACCAGUGUAAAUCAAUAGCUGUAGCUGAUAACAAUAUCAAGAAUGAGUGCGGCAAAUUAGAUAUUAACCUGAAGGUGCCUGAAGUAAUGAUAUGUUCUAUACCAAGCCGCUGUACCGCAAUCGAGUGUUGCAUCAGCAUCCCUUUGAUAGGUAGAACUCUAAGAAUCUCAGUAGAUCUGGACGCUUGUGCAUAUCAGUUGACAGUUAGUGUGGAAAAGUACGCAAAACAUAUACGGCUGUUCGACUACGAAUUUGGAACUUGGCAAAAACUCGACAUUAAAGGCGUUUUUAUAAUCGAGUACAUGAUUGAUGAUUUGAAGUCAAGCAAACAGUUCGUGGUUUCUGUAAGAGUACUUGCUUGUUUUGACGGAAGCAAGUGCAGCGUGGAUGUACCUAUCGUCGACAGUCUGUUACUUCCAAAACCGUUAUGCAACUUCAAUGGAACCUUCAAACUCCCUGACUUUUCUAUCAACAAAUGGGUCAAAGAUAAUGCAAACAAAGUGACUAAUGAUCUUACUGAUAUACUAAGAUCGAAGUUAUUCGAAGAACUGGGUAUAACACCGUACUUACUGAAAGAUGAAUGCAAGGCCGGAGACUCCCUCCAUACUGGUUGGACAUCAGAAUGUCCUCUAAAUGGAACGCUCCCUGCACUACCAGAUAACAUAAAUUGUCAUCUGGUAAAACAUUGUACCGGUUUCUCAUGUUGUGUGAACGUCCCGUUCCUGAAGAGAUCGUUUUCGUUGCACCUGGAUAUGGAUAGCUGCAACUAUGCGCUUACAGCUGGCAUUGAGAAACUAGAAGCCAACAAGUCACUGAUUAACUACGAGUUUGGCAAGAAGACUAUGAUUGAUCUGUUUGGUAUAAUUCAGCUCAGCUACACUAUUGAUGAUGACAAAGACUCAUCAGUUUUCGAACUCUCAGCGGAAGUUGGUAUAUGCUUGGAUGCGAGCAUUCCUUGCAAUCCUGUGAUACCAUUUCUGGAAAAAGUGGCUAUACCAAAACCACUGUGUAAUUGGGAUAUGGGAUUCAAACUUCCUGGUAAAUAUAUUGAAGCGUUUUGGUAA